ACAGGAAAUGCACAUGAUGAAGAGUGAAAGAACAUUGCUGUUUAAGUAAUUUUGUCACACAUGGCUAAUGAAGCAAGGCCCUGCCCAUGUGAUAUUGGAGACAGGUUUGACUAUGGAGGCCGUGGGCAGGAGGUACAAGUUGAGCACAUCAAGGCAUAUGUCUGCAAACCACCUGCCAGCACAGACAAAGCUGUGAUUGUGAUUCAUGAUAUAUUCGGAUGGCAACUCCCAAACACCAGAUACAUGGCUGAUAUGCUAACAAGUAAUGGAUACAUAGCCAUCUGCCCAGAUUUUUUUGUGGGACAAGAAGCUUGGAAACCUUCUAAUGACUGGGCGACUUUCAAUGACUGGCUGAAAACCCGAAAUGCUGGAAAAAUAGACAAAGAAGUUGAUGUCGUCCUCAAGUAUCUACGGGACCAAUGUGGUGCAAAGAAGAUUGGUGUCAUUGGCUUUUGUUGGGGUGGAGCAGCAGUGCAACAUCUGAUGCUGAAAAAUCCUCAUUUAAAGACAGGGGUGUCCCUCUAUGGAGUGAUCAGGCACUUUGAGGACAAAUCCGAUUUGCUGCAUCCCACCUUCUUCAUUUUUGGUGAGAAGGAUGACAUCAUCCCACUGGAGCAGGUCACCUUACUGGAGCAGAAGCUAAAACAAAACUGUAAAGUUGAUUAUGAAGUUAAAAUUUACCCUGGACAGACACAUGGGUUUGUGCAUCGCAAAAGAGAAGAUAUCAAUCCUCAAGAUAAACCUUAUAUUGAGGAGGGAAGAAAGGAUAUGAUCAACUGGCUGAAUAAAUAUAUUUAGCAUAAAUUAAUGUCCCAAAACAAAAUCAAUUGUAGGAAAUCAGAAAAUAAUAUAGACUAUAUUGCUUAAAAUGUUCUUACAAGCAUAGAAAUAUUUUGUAAA